AACAAACAGUGUUCAAAGAUUACAUUUCUGUUUUGCACUCUCUAGAACAAAGGAAAUAUGGGUGUUCCUCCUCUUCAAUCAUUUGAAUUGCCAUCAUUGCUUCUCUUCUCAUUGUUCAUCAUCCCUCAGCUUGCACUAGGAGGCAUUACCAGGCACUACCAAUUUGAUAUAAAGUACCAAAAUAUAUCACGACUUUGUCACACAAAGAGCAUGGUGACAGUGAAUGGUCAAUUUCCUGGGCCACGCAUUGUUGCUAGGGAGGGUGAUCGGCUUCUUAUCAAAGUGGUUAAUCAUGUUCAGAACAAUAUCUCCAUCCAUUGGCAUGGCAUUCGACAGAUUCAAUCAGGGUGGGCUGAUGGGCCUGCCUAUGUGACUCAGUGCCCCAUUCAAACAGGCCAAAGUUAUGUCUACAAUUACACCAUUGUGGGCCAGAGAGGCACUCUCUUUUGGCAUGCCCAUAUAUCUUGGUUGAGAUCAACUCUCUAUGGUCCUAUCGUCAUUCUUCCCAAGCGUGGAGUUCCAUAUCCUUUUACCAAACCUUACAAGGAAGUUCCCAUCAUUUUUGGAGAAUGGUGGAAUGCAGAUCCUGAGGCAGUCAUAGCACAAGCAUUACAAACGGGUGGAGGGCCAAAUGUGUCUGAUGCCUACACUAUUAAUGGCCUUCCAGGGCCAUUGUAUAACUGUUCUGCUAAUGAUACAUUCAAGCUAAAGGUGAAGCCAGGCAAAACGUACCUUCUCCGUUUGAUCAAUGCUGCACUCAAUGAUGAACUAUUCUUCAGCAUUGCAAAUCACACCCUCACAAUAGUUGACGUAGAUGCAAUUUAUGUUAAGCCAUUUGACACAGACACUAUCCUCAUUGCCCCUGGACAAACCAGUAAUGUUCUUCUAAAAACCAAAUCUGAUUACCCCAAUGCCACGUUCUUGAUGAGUGCAAGACCAUAUGCGACUGGCCAGGGAACUUUUGACAACUCAACAGUUGCUGGUAUCUUGGAAUAUGAAGUUCCACCACACUCUCUUCAUUCAAUAGAGAAGCUUUCACUCUUCAAGCCCAUCCUCCCAGCCCUUAAUGACACUUCUUUUGCAACAAACUUCUCUAACAAGCUUCGUAGCUUGGCAAGCUCUCAGUUUCCUACAAAUGUUCCACAGAAAGUGGAUAGACACUUUUUCUUCACAGUAGGCCUUGGCACAAGUCCCUGCCAACAAAACCAAACAUGUCAAGGACCCAAUGGAACAAAAUUUGCAGCAUCAGUGAAUAAUGUGUCUUUCACACUCCCAACAACUGCUCUUCUUCAAUCCCACUUCUUUGGCCAAUCCAAUGGAGUUUACUCUCCUUACUUUCCUAUUAGUCCUUUGAUUCCAUUCAACUAUACUGGCACUCCACCAAACAACACCAAUGUGAGCAAUGGAACAAAGGUUGUGGUUGUUCCCUUCAACACAAGUGUAGAGCUUGUGAUGCAGGACACCAACAUUCUUGGUGCUGAAAGUCACCCUCUCCAUUUGCAUGGCUUCAACUUCUUUGUUGUUGGUCAAGGUUUUGGUAACUUUGAUCCGAAUAAGGACCCUUCUAACUUCAAUCUUGUUGACCCAGUUGAGAGAAACACAGUGGGAGUCCCUUCUGGUGGAUGGGUUGCAAUUCGUUUCUUAGCUGAUAAUCCAGGGGUAUGGUUCAUGCAUUGCCAUCUUGAAGUGCACACAAGCUGGGGUCUAAAAAUGGCGUGGAUUGUCUUGGAUGGAAAACUUCCACACCAGAAACUGCUUCCACCACCUGCUGAUCUUCCAAAGUGUUAAACAUUCACUAUAGGAAUUGCGGCAUAACUUUCGGAAUAUGUUGUUUGUCUUGUGUUUUUAAUUUUAUUUUUAUUUUUUUUCCCAUUUUUUAUUCUCCUUCAAUUAAUGGCCCUUUUUGGCAUUCUUCGUGGGCUAACUGACUUUAUUAGUUCAGUUUUCUCCUUCGUGCAUGAGAUGAGAUGAAAGGGUGGAAACUAUAUUAAGAUCUGUCAAAAAUAACGACGUCAUUGCUCUCAAUAUUGUAAUAUUAUUUCAUUUCAAUGAGAAAUCUAUGGCUUUAAUG